GUUAGCAUGUGUUACCUAACCUAAUGCGAAAGCUCCAUAGCCAGUGACAAAUCAAAAGCUAGUCACGAUAGAGCACGUUUUGUAGGAAAUGUGUAUGUUCUUAAAUUGCGAAUUAUGUGGAGUGCUACAAAUACCGGAGAUGAAGAAACAGGACACGGAAGAGUCUGCCACUCGAUGCAGCGAGGACGCUCCACCUGCAGCAGGAGGGACGGAGUCACCUGCAGCUGCAAAAGACAGCUCGGACAGCAACAGCCCCAAGGAGUCUGAGCCCCAGACGCCCCAGACAAACACACCUCCACAAAACGACGAGGCAGGAAGUGAAGUUGCAGAGGCAGCAUUGUCUCAGUGUGAUAUGGCAGAAGAGCUGAGCCGGCAGCUGGAAGACAUCCUCAGUACCUACUGUCGGGAAACCAUUUCAGAUGACGCCAGCACAGUGCCAAAUGGACAGUCACACAGCCCAGAGCUCAAUGGUCUGUCCACUGAGAGGGAGGAGGACAAAGUUAAUGGAGGUGACAACGAACUGGAGAAGAAGACUACUCAGGAGAAGAAGAAGAAAGUGAAGGGUCUGGGUAAAGAGAUCACUCUCCUCAUGCAGACUCUGAACACACUGAGCACUCCAGAGGAAAAGCUUGCAGGCCUCUGUAAAAAGUAUGCUGAACUGCUGGAAGAACACCGGAACACCCAGAAACAGAUGAGAGUGCUGCAAAAGAAGCAGAACCAGCUUGUCCAGGAGAAAGAUAACCUGAGGAAUGAACACAGCAAGGCCAUCCUGGCCCGCAGCAAGCUGGAGAGCCUCUGUCGGGAGCUGCAGAGACACAACCGCACACUUAAGGAGGAAGGGGUACAGAGAACCCGACUGGAGGAGGAGAAAAGGAAGGAAGUGACUUCUCAUUUCCAAGUGACACUGAAUGACAUCCAGACUCAGCUGGAGCUGCACGACGAGAGGAACGCCAGACUCCGACAAGAGAACACAGAGCUGGCCGAGAAACUGAAGAAACUCUAUGAACAGUACAAACUACGGGAAGAGCACAUAGACAAAGUGGUGAAGCACAAAGACCUGCAGCAACAGCUGGUGGAUGCCAAGCUGCACCAGGCUCAGGAGCUGCUGAAGGAGUCAGAGGAGCGCCACGACAGAGAGAAGGACUUUCUGAUGAAAGAAGCUGUGGAGUCUCAAAGGAUGUGUGAGCUGAUGAAGCAACAGGAAGUUCAUCUCAAACAGCAGCUGUCACUGUACACAGAGAAGUUUGAAGAGUUUCAGACCACGUUGUCCAAGAGUAAUGAAGUCUUCACCACAUUCAAACAGGAAAUGGAGAAGAUGACUAAAAAGAUCAAGAAGCUAGAGAAGGAGACAGCCAUGUAUCGGUCCAGGUGGGAGAGCAGCAACAAGACUCUUCUGGAGAUGGCAGAGGAGAAAGCUGUGCGGGACCGGGAGUUCGAGGCUUUUCAGGGUAAAGUCCAGCGGCUGGAGAAGCUGCGGCGGGCGCUAAAAGUCGAACGUAAUGAGCUCAGCAAGAAAGUCCAGAACCUCGGCGGUGAACAGGGUGGCACAGCGGGAUCCCUCGCCACUGACCCAGGGACUGAUUCCCCCUCUCCACCACCUACAGACUCUCUGCUGCAGGAACCCAGCACCUGUCCUGUCCCAGACACCUGCUCCCACUCCUGCCACUGUGACCCUGAACUGGACACAGACACUCUUCUAGAGGAGGCAAAUGCUCAGCCUGUCGCCAUACAGGAGUAAAGUAACGCUGCUAACACACCCCCUCAUUCCCCUUAAGCAUCAAGCCACCACCCUGCAAAGCCACUACUUUUCUGCUGGGUGAGGCGGAUGCUAAACACACUGAUCCAGGGUCAGUGAAUAGUAACACCUUAAUGUGUUUUAGAAAUAUCUGAUCAAUAUUUAACGGAAAGGUUUGCAGGCUUUAUCAAGGUGAUGAGAAGAUUGUACCUCAUCUCUCGGCACAUUUACAUGCAUAUUAUAACUCCAUUACUGUGAAUAAGCUGAUUAACAUAAUAGUUUCAUUAAAGCAUUGAUGUGGUUCACAAUAACCAGUUUCCCCACAACAGUAACAUUUUCCUGUUUCAUUUAUUUGUCCGGUUUCAAUCCACAAGCUUGUGUGGCCUAUAGAAAACAUACGGCUACUUCAAACAUAGAGAGAAACCAUGUGAUUUUUAGGUAUUCCUUUCUUGAAUUGAUAAAUCAUUUCAUGUAUUGGUUAUUAAAGGAAAGCCAUUUGCUGACACCUCCAGCAAAAGUGCUAGACAUCCUGCUGUUUGUGCAGAAAAAUAGCUUUCAGUUCAUAACCUCUCUAGGCAUAUGCACAGAAUCAGAACAGUGAAAGAAAUCUGACUUUUGGUGUAAAUAUCACUCAGUAAUUUAAGAUUUCUAAGUUACCCAGCUCUGUUAGAUUUGCUUCAACUUAACCCUCACCUUAGACAAUGUUUUUACAUGCUGCCUGCAAUGAUCAGUAACAGUGUGAUAAUUAGUGUGUAUGUAAAUGUUCUGCCUGCCUCCUGUUUAACUACACAUUCCCGAUUUGACUUGCAUCCACCACAGAACUGCUUAGCAAGAUAGAUAACAGUGCUGGGAUGACAUGAGCCAAACAGCUAUAUGGAGUCACCAGAGGUGUGUGUGUGUGUGUGUGUGUGUGUGUGUAUACACACUUGAGUGUCACUGUGUUUUGGAUGGGGUUCAGUUUAUAGCUUGCAGUACACUGAAGGUGUUUGUCCUUCUAUCAUAACAGACGUCAUAUAAUUUCUUUAGCUAAUAUAACUUUUAAUUGCAUUUUAAAAACGUAGAAUUCUACCUAAUUAUCGAAGGGAAUUUCUCAAUGUCUUGGGUUUUCAAGCAGCUCAGAUAAUCACAAUACUUUCUCCAGCAUUUUCAGUUCAUGCUUAUAGAACAUUUUGGGAAAUUGCCAUUGUUUGUAUCACACUGCUUUAUUUGUAGUGUUUCAUUUUGUGGUCUGUGUUUAUUGUUUGAAGCAUAAUCUGAUACUGAUAUGUAUGUAUCUUACAGAGCACCACUAAAAAAUAAAUCGGGUUAAUUGUUCAUUCAGAUGAUUUAUAAAGGGUUUAUUUUAUGACCAUCUUUUCAUUCCUAGUUUUUCUGAGUUAUUCUUAAUUUUGCUUUACAUGUUUCACAGUGUGCUUAUAACUUUGUGAUGACAACAAUUUAAAACUAUAACGCCAUCUUUCUCUGUGUGUGUGUGUGGUUUAUGUGGCUACAGUUGCCUCCUCCUAGUUCUGAUAACUGCAGUAGCUUGUAAUCAGGUUACAAUAAGCGAAUGUUCAAGGACCUCUAUGCAACACUUGCCUCUUGGUUUAUUUUUUUGUGUCAGUCUGAACUGACUAGCACUUAGCUGAGAAUGUAUAUUAUAUGCACUGUCCUGCAUGGAUGAACUGUACAAA